AAAAAAAAAAAAACCUUGGUUAAUGCUUCAUAUAAAACCAUUUGCACUUAUGGGCCACAGAGUAGCUUGGCAGCUGUAUCCAUCGUCUUUCGCCCUCGCAAAAAUCUGGGAAACCAGACUGACUGACUGAGUGCCGAUAGAUCUUCCCAGCUUGUGCCGGCGACUUAAUAGCUAACACACCCAAUCCUGAAAUCGCUGAAUCUCAUUUCCCCGAAGUUGCUUGCAGUCACCUAUGUCGUCUCCUUCAAUGUUCAGCAACAACAGCGUUUCCAUUCCAGUCUCCGACGACGACGAAGACGAGCUCAGCCGGAAGCGAGUCCGAGUUCGCAGGAAGCGCAAGAAGCCGCUGAGCCACCGCGUGAAGCACGAUUUGGGCAAGCGGCUCGUUAGGUUUCUCGUGAGGUACUGGGCGUUGCUCAUCUUCCUCCCCGCCGCCGCUCUGCUCUGCUACGAGGCCACCAAAAUCGGCAAGGAACCCGCCGUCGACGAGGAUGAUCUCGACCGCUUCGUGGCAGAGGGAACAGAGGUAGAUCCUGACCUCGACCCAGUCUUCAAACCGCCGCCCAAGGUUUCUCACCCCAAUUUGAAUCGGAUGGAUCCGGUUACUCGAAUGAUUGACGGUGUGCGUGAACCUUGCUUGAAGCUCCGGCCGUCGGACGAACUUGAACUUCUGGAUAUCCCUAACGGCGGCGGCAUUGAAAGUCCGGUUAAGAGUGUAAAAUACUUGACAGAGAGAGAUUUGCCGGAACAGAACGGGACUCAUAGGUCGAAACGGUUCAAGUUCAAUUCGUUUAGUGGAUACCCGAGUCUCGAAGACAGGGAUGGAAGCUUUGUGGUGAACCAGACUCCUGCUGUACAUUGUGGGUUCUUCAGUGAAAGUGGAGGGUUCAAUAUAUCUGACGCUGAUAAGAGUUAUAUGGAUAGUUGCCAAGUGGUGGUUUCUACUUGUGCUUUUGGUGGUGGGGAUGAUCUAUACCAACCCAUCGGAAUGUCAAAUGCUUCACUUCAGAAGGUUUGCUAUGUUGCAUUUUGGGAUGAUAUUACACUGGCUGCCCAGGAGAAUGCCGGGCACACUAUUGGGGAUGAUAAGUUUAUUGGGAAUUGGCGCAUUGUUCUUGUGGAUGAUCUUCCAUUUGUGGAUCAACGAUUAAAUGGUAAAAUUCCAAAGAUGUUGGGACAUCGGCUCUUUCCUAAUGCAAAGUACUCUAUAUGGGUGGACUCAAAGUCUCAGUUCAGGAGGGAUCCGUUGGGUGUUCUCGAAGCUCUCCUCUGGCGUACAAAUUCCGUGUUAGCAAUCUCAGAACAUGGAGCUCGCAGCAGCGUGUAUGAUGAGGCUAAAGCUGUUGUCAAGAAAAACAAAGCCAGACCAGAAGAAGUCGAUGUCCAAAUAACUCAGUACAAGAAAGAUGGUAUGCCCGAAGACAAGAGAUUGAAUGGAAAGAAAGCUCUGAAUGAAGCUUCAAUCAUAGUGAGGGAGCACACGCCAGUGGUCAAUCUGUUCAUGUGCAUCUGGUUCAAUGAAGCAGUGCGAUUCACUUCGCGAGACCAGCUGAGCUUUCCCUACGUGCUGUGGCGACUGAAAGUGCUUAAAGACACCAACAUGUUCCCAGUUUGCAUACGGAAAGAUCUUGUUAAUAGUAUUGGCCAUCUACGCAAGGCCAAGCCUUCGGUAAAAAGAGCCAUGCCUUCCACUGCUGAUGACGAGGCUUGAUUUUGUUAUGGGCCUCUAAUUCUUCUUUUUUCUUGUUGUUGUUCAAAUUUUGUUACCUAUUUAUACCUGAGAUUAUUACGAGAUUAGCCCCUGAUUCUUUCAUCACUGUUAACCAUGUAUUGACAUUGACAUAGUUUAUUCCCCUUCGGAGCAUUCCUCGGUUCUUGGUCAUGGUAAUAUGAAGUUGGGUCUUUACCGAUCAAUAAUGUACCAUUGAUGACGAU